GCCCCCGUUGCAGGAUGACCUCCCUGGUGCUGCGUGCGUCUCGGUCCACAUCAGGAGCAGCGCGCGGUGUUGCGUCUGCGUGCCAAACCCAGGAGAAAUGCCAUGUUUCCCGCCUAGGAAAGCCUCCCCUUCUCUCCCGUCUUCUCCUCGCGGAAUUUUCCCCAGCGGGUCGCGCCGCGCUGCGCCGCCGUUUCCGUGGACAGACACCGAUUUGAAAGGUUGGCAUGAGUUGUUGCCCCCCCGGCAGGAUGAAAUCCCCCCGAUCGGUGUUUGCGCGUCCUUCCAAGCUCUCGGUAAUUACCCCCGGUGAUUAGACAUGGGGAUCUCGGUGGAAAUCUGCUCGUUUUAACAAUGGAAACAUCUGCAUCGACACACGGGAUGUUGGCGGGCUGUGAAUGCAUUUAAACGGCGCCAUGGGGAAGAGUCUGGACUGAAACACGGGGAGAUUCGAUAACGCCGCGGAAGAGAGAGGAGAAAACAUGGUCAUCACUGAUAGAAACGCUGGCACCCCUGUACCUAAAAAGGAGCCCCAGAAGAAGACGAGGAGGAAGUCCCGCCCUCACGGCCUUCCUUCUCCGGCGCUGUGCUGCGCCUGCGGCCUGUGCAUCAUGCUGGCUGGACUCAACAUCACCCUGGUGGGAGCGUUCGCCUUCAGCACGCUGGUGCCUUCCGCCAAUCCCCCCAUCAUCAUCGGGCCGAUCCUCCUGCUGGUGGCCUUCUCCUUUUUCGGGGCGUGCUGCGUGUGCAGCCGCCUCCCCCCUCCCAGCAGCUCCCGCGGGUCCAAGUCGGGCGGCAGGGGCGCGGGGCUGAUGGGACACGGCGGGCUGGCUGGCGGGGCGGCGUUCGAAAUAGAGACCAGCGAGCACACGCUGCAGGAUACCACGGCGGUGCAGCUCAGCCCCACGUCGUCCGCCGGGUCGUCGCGGGCGUCCAGCCCGGAGAAGGAGGCGCCCGACGCGGCGCCACCCGGGCGCUGCAAGCUCUUCACCAUGGAGGCCAAUGGCCCUCCUUCUGCCGCCGCCACCGCGGUCUACUCAGCCGCCGCGGGAGCAGGAGGGGAGGUGAGGCUCAACCUGCCACGCGAGGAAGUGGUCGCCUAGCGAAGCGGAAGCUCCGCGGAGGCUGCAGCUGCCAGUGUAAAUAUCCAUCAGGGCCGAUGGCUGGCUGGAUGUUACCGUGUCCUUUAGUUCAGUGCCACAUUUCCGGUUGUGUUCAGGAUGCCGCUGGUGUUCUUGCUGUGCAGCCAACGGGUAAUUAGCAUGCAGAGGUAACGAAACCUCCGAGUGUUUGUGGAUCAUACGUUUUGGAGGUUCCAUGCUCUAGUGUUGCUGUCCCCCUCGCCCCCCAUACGUUGUAUUUGGUUGUUUGUUUUUUUUAACAUGGGGCAUUACGACUGAUUUCUGAACAACAUUUAUCUAAAUGUUACGCACCCAGCAGACGUGAUAUCAGAAGUCAAAAGGCUCCCAAAGCACUAUUCUCUCACCGGAGCUUCAAUUCUCUGAAGUUGUAGUUCUUUCCACGAGGAAGAAUACACACUUCUCGUCUACAGCUGGCACAUUUCAGAACGAGUAUAAUUACAUUUUACAGCGUACAACGUUGGAUUGGCAACAUAAAAAUCGCGGCGCCAACAUCAACCCGUCAUCGCUUUCUUUUACCGACUUCACAAUCCGGUUUUAUUGAAGGUCACAACCAUCAGUUUUAACAGUAAUUCAUUGACAAUGCAAUGCAGUCAUGGUCGGGGUCCAAGCCUCUCAAACAAUUGUGCCAUAAUGAGGAUUUUGUCAUCGUGAACUUCAACUCACUGUGUGAAUUUCACAUAACUGAAUUCUUACUCUGAACGUCCGAUAUGACAAACCUAGAAGUUAACACGAUUGAGGCGAAGGAAUCCGACAGAGCCUGGACCUUCAGAUCGUGUUCCCCACCACUGUGAAGUCGCCCUAUCAGCUAUGAACAAAAGAGACAUUCCCUGAUUUCCUUUGAAAGGAAAGUUGCCUUACUGAACUAUCAGGAUUAAUCUCACGAGGGCUACAACAAAAGUGCACAAUAGCAUUUCUCCUCAGAGAAAGCUCUUUGUGUUCUUAUUCCAUAUUAGUAGGAAAGCCUCAACGCGUUUUUCGUUUAUUUACGGGCACAACAAGUGCACGCGAACAGCGUAAAUAUUCCAUCCGCGCAGAAAAUGCAUCCGGAGCAGCAGAAUGUGUGAGCAGGUGCACACAGACACAGUGAACGACAGCGCCCACCUUCCCCAAAGCACCACUUUCUUAGUUUUGCAUGUGCAGAGAAAGUGACUCGUGGAAAUGCACAACGCCCCGUCGUGAACUAUUGGUGUUAUCUGUGUCAUUUGUGUAGCACACAUUUUUGGGAAAAAGUAUGGAUCGAAUAUUUUUGUGAAGAUUAUCGUUUCUUUAUUUAAAGUAACGAUCCAAAUAUGAAUCCUUCAAAAGAUGUGAAUAAAAAGGCUCUUUCAUUCCAACGCAGGGUUGCUGGUUGUGUGUGCGUGGCACAACGCUGUGUUCCUGCUACGUUGCAUUUUGUGUCAUAAAAGUAAAAUGAAUAAAAAUGACCCAACUGGA